AUGCAAAUUAGUGCCCGUAAUUGGGCCAAGCACGACAAGGUACGCCAGCGACUCGCGGACGCUGUCGAAAACAUGGAACGCGAAGAGCGUAUCAAGAAGAUGCGCGACCAGUGGCGCGCCCAGGUAGGGCAGAAAACCAUCGCGCCAAGGCCCUCUGCUGAGAGGCGUGUCGAUGCUGCCAGGGGCCCAGUUUUGGUUGGCGGGAGGUGCUGA